AAGAAAACUUGUUAAAUGCAUUUAAAAACCGUUUAUGUGACUGUUGGAACCACAAAAUUCGAUGCGCUCAUUAAGGCCGUAACGUCAGAGGCGGCUCUGGAAGCCCUGCAAUCCCGGGAGUGCCGCAAACUCAUCCUGCAGCAUGGCAAUUCCGAGCCGGUACAAGCGGAUGAGUCUCGACGGAUAAGCCAGCAAUACGGGAUCCAAUUGGAGCAGUACACGUUUCGACCCAAUACUGAGGAUAUUAAGGCCUCCAAUUUGAUCAUUGGCCAUGCCGGUGCCGGCACCUGCAUGGAUAUAUUGACUAACGGCAAGGCUGGACUCAUUGUGGUCAACGACGAGCUGAUGGACAACCAUCAGCAGGAAUUGGCCACGCAGCUGGCCUCCGAGCAGUACCUCUACUAUUGCAAACCCAGCCAGUUGGCCGUCCAACUGGCUACUCUGGAUUUUGCGUCGCUCAGAGCCUACGAGUCGGCCAGCGAGAACAUGCUGAAGUUUGUGAAUGCCCUGGACGAGCUGAUGGCCAAUCGAUGGUCACAUUCCGCCAACAAAUAGUGUUUCUUUUG